AAAGCCGACAUCGCAUGUGUCUUGACCGUUCGUGGAAGUUGAGAGAGAGAAAAACCAAACCAAAGUCUUUUCCUUCGUUUUAUAAGACAGCUAAAUAUGGAGAAAACACACAACUCCUAGAGAGAGAAAGUCUCUCAGUUUUACUUUCACAGUCUUGGCUGGCUCUUCAUUGUUUAGAGGGGUUUUGUUUCCCCGCUGAUGUUUCCAAGUCGAGAUUGUGUUACAUAUCAUAAGAACAGAUCAAAUGCCAUCAUUAAAAAUGAAGACCCAACCAAGCAUGGAUUCUUUAAGAGGAAAAAGUUGUCUGAGUGUGUGUCAAAAGUCUAAUACGAUAUCCAAAAAAUCAGGUUCUCAUGUCACAGUUUCUCAACAGAUAGCAGAAUGUGAUGCUUAUGUUCAGAAAUGUCAGAAUGGAUACGUUCAAUCAGGUAUAGAAACAUACACCCCGGAUAUUGAGUGUGAUGAAGCUAUUGACCAGCGAGAAUUUUUGAAUGAAGAAAAUUCUCAGUUUCAAAAGCAUUCAUCAACUUUUGCAGAUUCAGGCAUUGUGGGAAGAAUGGAAUCAACCCUUAACUGUACAUCAAACUUGGAAACAAUUUUUUCUCCUGCUCUGGAGCCUGUUGAAAUUCACAGUGUGCCAAAUAUUGAUGAUGAUGCAGUAGGGAGCGACAAAGAUCUUAAUGUGCCAGGGUCGGGUGCUGAUGACAGUGAUGAUAACAGAAGCUCAUGUGACUAUCAAACAUGCAAUAUAUCAGAUUUCUUUAUUUCUGACAUGAUUAUUACUGGCUUACCAUUUGAUGGGAGCACAGUUGAUGAUGAUAUCACUGAGAUCAAUCCUUUUCCUGAUUAUAAAUGUGCUGAGCCUAGUAUGUUUUUUGAUGUGGCUGAGGAAUGUGUGAUGCUACCUUUUCUUGAAGACACUGCCAAAGUCAGCAAUUCCAAUGAUACGAUAUCUAGUGAAGAAGGCGCAGUAGAUCAGGAUAAUGCUAGCUUGUACUUAGCAAUUAAUCAGAUACGAUCAUGCAACCACGAAUCUGAUCUUAACAGUGAUUCAGACCAGAUAGAAGACUUUGAUCCUCAGUUCUUUAUCAAAAAUUUGCCUGAACUAUCUGAUGUUGAGUCAAAUUUUCACCCUACAAAGGAGUCUUGGAGAAUGAAGUCUAUAACCCUGGUACUUGAUUUGGAUGAAACUCUCGUCCACUCUACAUUGGAACAUUGUGAUGAUGCAGACUUCACCUUUACUGUGUUUUUCAACAUGAAUGAGCACACUGUAUAUGUAAAACAGAGGCCUUUCCUCCAUACAUUCUUGGAGAGAGUUGCAGAGAUGUUUGAAGUUGUUAUCUUUACAGCCAGCCAAAGCAUUUAUGCAGCACAGCUUUUGGACAUACUGGAUCCAGAUAAAAAGCUUAUAUCUCGGCGGGUUUACCGCGAGUCUUGCAUUUUCACCGAUGGAAGUUACACAAAAGAUUUGACAGUUUUAGGUGUUGAUCUUGCAAAAGUUGCCAUUAUUGAUAAUUCUCCACAGGUUUUCAGGUUGCAAGUAAAUAAUGGGAUUCCCAUUAAGAGUUGGUUUAGUGAUCCAUCAGAUUGUGCAUUAAUUUCAUUACUUCCCUUCUUAGAGACCUUGGUUGAUGCUGAUGAUGUCCGCCCUAUCAUUGCAAACAGAUUCGGUUGAUGUUGGAAGUAUCUGAACGAGGGAGCCCCCAUUAUUUGAGGUUGUUUUAAGUUCCUUUGGAAGCCAUUAUGAAUGGUGUGAGAAGGAAAGAGUGGAUGCCCAUUUGUCAGAUGGAAGUGGGAAGGAAACUGUGUUGUGGCGUCUGCUACAUAAAAUACCCAUCAGCCUGUGAUAACAUAUGCUGAGUAUUGCAAAUUUUCUCUUUAUAAUUUUGCAUGCCUUAUCUGCAGGUCAUGUGAGGAACAACCUAUAUUAUCUGGUAAUGGCAAAAUGUAGGUACGUUGUUGAGUUCCAUUGUUACUUUCUUUACUUGUAGAUGUUGCAAUUUGUUAGACUAUGGACUGCCCUGACAGUUCUUUCACCUUGAAUUUCCAAAGCAAUGUUAAGUACAGAUUGGUUGUAUAGCCCCACUGGGAGAUGUUAAGAUAUUGAUUAAUUUAUUAUUCUUUUGUAUC